AUGGUUCCCCUGCUGUCACCUGGAGAUUUUUCUCCACCUUUCACUUCAGGUAUCGCACAGCAGUUGCAGACAGUAACCUCUUUCUACCACGGCCCGUGUCUCCUCACAUUCUUGGGAGAGCUACAGGAUAUCCUGAUUGACCGUGAGCAGCAGAAUCUGGUUCCAGCACAGCCUCCUCCUAUCUACAAGGAGUUCUCAUCAUGGCGGUGGAAGGUGUAUGACCGGGAACCAUAUAUUGGACAGAACCUCCUCAGGGCCAUAGACCUGGCCUGCGAUGAUGCGGGGGAUUACUCAGGCUGGGUCCGGCAUGCCAUAGCUUUCUUCCCCAACUGCCUGGUGAGGGAAAAUAUAGCCUGCGAUGUGGACGAGAGCCUGUGGCCUGACCCCACCCGACGACGUCUUCAUGUUUCUUCUGCAUUCAACAUUGACACCACAAAUCCCAAAGUUUACAAUGGAGAUCAAAAAGCUUUCUUCGGAUACAAAGUGCUUCAAUAUAAGGCUGGCUCCAACAAGGGCAUUCUCGUCACUGCGCCUCUUCAGAAUAAUGGAUCUGGGACAGUGUGCAAACCAGAUCACAGCCAAAGUCCCAAAUGUUUCACCCCACAAGGACACUCAUUGGAAGACAAAGGAAUGGGAGUCAAACACCUUGGACUGUCCAUAGCAGAAGACCUAAUACAUUCCCAAUUCACUGUUUGCAGCCCCUAUUUUCCUCACCAAUGUUAUGACAACUCCUACCUGAACAGCGUGUGUUACAAUGUGACGGAGGAUCUUCAGGAAAUCUCCUCUUUCAAACCCUUUUUUCAAGAAUGCAAAAAGAAGACUGUAGACCUCGUUUUCCUCUUUGAUGGUUCGUCAAGCAUGGACGAGGACGACUUUAAGAAAAAUAAAGAUUUCAUACAAGAUAUAAUGAACAGACUCAAAAACACAUCUAUCAAGUUUGCAGCUGUUCAAUUCGCAUCAAAAUACAGGACAGUGUUUGAUUUUACUGAUUAUCAAAAUGGAACGGCUCUUCGAAAACUUGAAGAUGAAAUUCAUCUGACGAACCUCACAAACACCCACCAAGCCCUGGAAUUUGUAUGGAAAAACCUCUUCCAGAAUAAAACAGCUGGCGCUUCAUCCAAUGCUACCAAAGUUCUAGUCCUGAUCACAGAUGGAGAUCCGAGUGACAGCGAUGAAGACGCAAAUAUGAUUCUCAGGACCUAUAAUGAAAAAAACAUCAUUCGAUUUGUCAUUGGGGUCAAAAAUGAAGAACUGAAAGAGGUGGAUACUUUUGCCUCAGACCCAAAGGACAAAUAUGCUUUUAAAAUCGAAAAUUAUAAGGGACUCACUGGAUUACUAGAAAAUUUUCAAAAGCACAUCUUUACAAUAGAAGGAGACACUAAAGUGGCUCGGGCCGAAGAAUUGACCAAUGAGAUGUCCCAAAGAGGAUUUAGUACUGCAUUAUAUAAGGACACCUUAAUUCUGGGUUCAGUGGGCUCAAACGGCUGGCGCGGUGCUCUGUACGAGCGUCAUGAUCAAACGGAGACAUUGAUUGAAGAUUCACAAAUGGAGAUGGACUCUUACAUGGGAUAUUCGGUUUCUGUUGGACAGGUGAAUAUGGUGCCUCUAUAUUUCACGGGUGCACCACGAUUUCAGCAUGUAGGGCAAAUUGUAGUCUUUGCACACAACGGGAAGGAGUGGAAUGUGACCCAAAGAAUAAUAGGGGAACAGAUUGGCUCCUACUUUGGGGCAGAGCUUUGUACCGUAGAUGUGGACUCGGAUGAUAACAGUGAUUUUCUCCUGGUGGGAGCGCCACUGUUUUACCACGCUCAGGAGAAGUCUGAGGGACAUAUCUAUGUCUACAUGCUAACUGCUGAGAUGCUGCUGAAAAAUGUCAUGAAUGUAACACAAUUGUCCAUGGGGAGAUUUGGUACCAGCAUUGCAAGUCUUGCGGAUCUCAAUGGAGAUGGGCUGCGAGAUGUUGCAGUGGGGGCCCCUCUUGAGGAUGCUCAUUCAGGAGCAGUGUAUAUCUACUUUGGUGACAGACACCAAGGGAUACGCAGUGUAUAUAGUCAGAGAAUCACAGGACGGAACAUCAAAGAUGGGAUGAGAUUCUUUGGACAGGCAAUCAAUGGAAACAUAGACCUCGGGGACGACGCUCUACCAGACAUUGUUGUUGGAUCUUAUGGAGCCGCUGUUGUUUUAAGGUCCAGGCCCGUUGUUAAUGUUAUCGCUCGCAUGUCUUUUCAACCCAAAGAGAUAAGCAUUGACCAACUUGACUGCUCGGCCAACACAGACUUCAUUUUGCCCAUGGUUAACUUAACAACUUGCUUUGACAUGGAAGAAACAACAAAGAGUAAAAGAGGAGCUGUGAGUUUCGGACUAAACAUUUCAUACAUGCUUGAUGUGGAUCAUGUGAGACCAUCACACCGAGGUUUCUUCAGUCAAGCUGGCUCGAGAUCAAGGAAUCUCAUUAAUACUUAUGAAUUGUUGGAUAAAGUCAAAUGCUUCUCGUAUCUCAUCUCCAUGCCAAAAUGUGUGAAAGACACUCUGUCACCUAUCAGCAUCAAAUUAAACUUCACCCAGGUGGACAGUCAAAGUGCAGAUGCUGUCUUGAAUAAAGACAGCAAAACACAAGCCAUCAUCGAGGUACCUUUCGAAAAGCAGUGUAAAGAGAACGACACUUGUGUCGCUGAACUUGAAGUGGACUUCUAUUUUUCGGAACCUACAUUACUGGUGGCUGAAGAUAUUUACUUUAACAUGGACUUUAGUAUAACUAAUCAUGGGGACAAUUCAUACAACACAAACCUGACAAUCCAUUACCCCCCAGGCCUCUCCCUCGCCAGGACAUUUCAGAUCGAGCCAAAGGCCACGACAUCACUCCUCAAGUGCGAUGAUCUGGAAGGAGUAACUGAUAAAACGAUAUGCGAUGUUAGCCAUCCUGUGUAUCGUGGCGGAUCAAAAACAACGUUUCAAAGUUCUUUCCACAUCAUCACCAACUACCAGUGGAACGACACUAUCACAAUUAGUGUCAGUGCCAACAGUGAUAACAACAACUCCACCACAUCUUUGCUGACCAAGACGCUCCCAGUACAAUUUGAAAUAAAAAUGGCCAUCACUGUGAAAGAAGAGACCACCAGUUAUUUGAACUUCACAGAAGAUGACACACGUCCAAAAAGAAUGUUUCUUAUUUACAAGGUGGACAACCCUGGCUGGAAGGCUUUUCCAGUCAAUGUGUCAAUGAUCUUGCCAACUAGACUCCAAUUCAACUUUGAAAUGGAAAAUUAUCAAGUCUCUGUACAAGAGAACAAAACCCAGUGCAAGAGCAUUACUGGAAUUAAUUCUAAAUAUUGUUCACCAGAAAAACGCUGCAAAAUCAUCAAGUGUGACACCUUCAUGCUGGAAAAAGAAUCUUCUACUGAGUUUAUAUUGUCUGGAGAAGUACAAUUUAGAGAUCUUGAACAGCGUGCACAGAAUAAGACGUUUCUGAAAAGAUAUACUGGAGAGAGUGCCGAGGUUUUGUUUAAAAGCAUGAUAAAUGUUGAUUACGACAAACAACGAUAUGUGCUGAAAACUUAUAAAGAAGAGAUCGAAGUUCAGGUGGAGUUCAUCAUUUCACCUGAUAAAAUGUUCAUCAUUUUAACCGGAACUGGACUCGGACUUGCACUUCUGAUUCUCAUUACCAUCAUCAUGUAUAAGCUGGGAUGCUUCAAGAGAAAAACAGUCCAAUAUUACCAAGAGAAGGAAGAAGGGGCUGCUGUUCAGCUUGUAGAACCUGCUCAGAAUAAUGGUAUUGCCAGCCCCUCUGAGGGCAACCCGUCUCCUGAGGAAAAAGUACUUCUUGAGGACAACCAGUUGGCUGACACAGAGAAAGCACUGGAAUAA